GAGGAGAAGGAGGAAGGAGGGAGCGAAGAAGGGAGGGCAGAAGGGAGGGAAGAAGGGAGGGAAGAAAGGAGGGAGGCAAGUCCGGCGGCCCUCUCGGGUACCGCCAGCGGCGAGGGAAAGAUGGCGACGCUGGGAGGCGAGUCGCAGCCCUUUCCCUCUGCUGCUUUGGCGGCGGCGGCCGGGGUGGGCGGCGGCGGCGGCAGCGGGGCGCUGGGUCUUCAGGCGCCGCUAAACCGCGGUCUGGAGCGGGCGCUGGAGGAGGCGGCGCACUCCGGGGGCCUCAACCUGAGCGGUAGGAAGCUGAAGGAGUUCCCGCGCAGCGCCGCUGGCCUCAGCCACGACCUUUCUGACACGGUGCGAGCAGAACUUGUUUUUCAGGUUUACUCUGAAUUUUAUAUAGACUUACUGCAAGAUGCAGAAAUUAGAGGCAAAGAUUUAUCCAAGAAUAGAUUAACUGAAGUUCCUACGGAGCUGUGCCAUUUUGUGUCACUGGAAACACUAAAUCUAUACCACAAUUGUAUUAAAGUUAUACCAGAUGCCAUAGUAAACUUGCAAAUGCUAACUUACUUAAAUUUGAGUCGAAAUCAACUUUCUUCUUUGCCAGCUUGCCUGUGUGGUCUUCCUCUAAAAGUCUUAAUUGCAAGUAACAAUAARCUAGGUUCCCUUCCAGAAGAGAUAGGUCAGCUAAAACAGUUAAUGGAAUUGGAUGUCAGCUGUAAUGAAAUUACAGCUUUGCCACAGCAGAUAGGCCAGCUGAAAUGUUUAAAAGAACUGAAUGUCAGAAGAAAUUACCUCGAAGUUUUGCCUCAAGAACUAGUACAGCUUCCCUUGGUAAAGUUUGACUUUUCCUGCAAUAAAGUGCUUAUGAUUCCAAUUUGUUUUAGAAAGAUGGUGCAGUUACAAGUAUUACUGCUUGAGAAUAAUCCUUUGCAAUCUCCACCAGCACAAAUUUGUACAAAGGGUAAGGUGCAUAUAUUCAAAUAUCUGACGGUACAGGCCUGUCAGAUUAAAACAGCAGACUCACUGUAUCUUAAUGCCAUAGAACCACAGCAUUUGCCACAACCUGUGGAAGAGAGCAUUGAUGAUAUCUACCCAAGUAAAAAGGACUCAGAUUCAGGUGUUGGUAGUGAUAAUGGUGAUAAACGUUUGUCAGCAACAGAGCCAUCUGAUGAAGAUACUCUCAGCUUUAACGUUCCAAUGUCAGACAUUGUGGAAGAAGAUCAUAUUGUAAAGGACGACUCGGGUCAUCAUGCUAACUCAAGAAAAGUGGAAUUCCAUCAAGGAUCUUCUCAUGUGUUUGUCGAUAAGUCACGAGGAACAGGAAACCAGUUUGAUGACUCGGAUGCUCUUACUACUGAAUUUAUGAGCUACAUUAAGAGCAGAGCAGCAGAGUGUGAUGAAUUAUUGAAAAUAGAAGAGGACACUCAAUGGCAAGCAGACGAAAUAAUAAAUUUAUCAGAAGAACAAACUAUUGACAUAGCAAUGAUAGAACAACUAAGAGAAGCAGUAGAUUUAUUACAAGAUUCCAACAGUGGUCAAAUAGAGAUGGAGAUGUCUUCUCUUGGUCAGAGAGAAAAUGCUGAAGAGGAACUAGAAUUCCAGAGGAGAAGGGAGUCGAUUAUGGAGAAAGCAAAGCCUGAAAUGAGAACUUGUGAACAGGGAGAAAAAUGGUCAUUGAGCAAGAAUGAUCUAAUUGUUUGGAACACAAGUGGUCAAACCUCUCACAAUGAGAAUAAGGAUAAAAGUCCAACGUCUCCUACUACAAACACCACAAUCCCUUUUGGCCUGAAGCCACGAUCAGUGUUCUUAAGACCACAAAGAAAUUUGGAAUCAAUAGAUCCACAGUUCACAAUUCGAAGGAAGAUGGAGCAGAUGAGAGAGGAGAGAGAGCUUGUGGAACAGCUACGUGAGAACAUAGAAACAAGACUAAAGAUUUGUUUGCCUGAAGACCUGGGAUCAGCCCUGAUGGAUGGUGUUGUUCUCUGCCAUUUGGUAAAUCAUGUUCGCCCGCGGUCUGUCGGAAGCAUUCAUGUACCCUCACCAGCAGUACCUAAACUUAGCAUGGCCAAAUGCAGGAGAAAUGUGGAAAACUUUUUGGAUGCAUGUAGAAAACUGGGAAUACCAGAGGAGAAGCUCUGCCUACCACAUCACAUCCUAGAAGAAAAGGGCUUGGUAAAAGUGAGCAUAACAGUUCAAGCGUUGCUAGAUGUAACCACAGUGAAACAAGCUUUAUUCACAUGAAACUACUCUCUCUGCUCUUACCAGCUGCACUGUGCCAUGAAAGAAUCAAAAAACUGCCCAUCUUUUCAAACGGCAUUGAAAACAACUCCAGUACUCCAAGAGUAUUCUUACGAUUUUAGACCCCUGUUUCAGACUGUAUGUAUGUGUAAAACGACAACGCAGAAGCUGAACAGAAACAUUUUCUAGAGGAAGUUGGCGCUUCACUGCUUUUAUAGCUCACUUUAUACAGUACUUGCUAAAACAACCACUUCUCUGCCACUUAAAAACGUGUGGAGUACACAGCUGUCUUGCAGCAAGAUAUCUUUGUAUUAUUGAACUAAGAAUCACUGUAAUCACCUGGGGGGAGGGAGAAGGGAGAGCAAAUCAGACUGCUACCAUGUUAGGUUUUUCUGCAGUUGCUUCAGGCUAUUGCCUUUUAAAAAUAUCCAGACAUAAAAUAUUUAUAUAAAUAUUAUUUAUUAGUGAGUUGUUAUUCAUCCUUUGGAUGCAAAAUGUAAAUUAGGAAACUGUAUUUUAUUACUGCUUUUUUGUGGUUAAACACUUUAUUUUAAUAUAAAUACUUAGUUAUUUUUUAUUCUACUUGGUGUGCAGUAGCUCUAGAUCUCCAUAAAUUGUAUUUUCUAAUAUGUAAGAUAAAAAGCAAACAAAAUAGGUGCUUUUAUUAAAAGAACAGCUAGCUGGAAUGGCAUUCUUUUUUUCUCAAAUCUGUGGAACAUURGUAAAAAAUUGUCUGCAUUCCAUUGAGUUUCCUACAUUCCAGUAACACUUCUCCCCUCACUAGACUAAAUUGGCUCAAAGUGAGAGCACACSCAUUUUAUUUGUAUAUAGAUGUUUAAAAACAAAAGAACUUGAAAAAUAAAUGUGAACAAAUAUUUUUGAUUGCUUAUUUUACUAUGCACAAGACAUUUAACUUUUGCCACAACAAAACGAAUACGUGCAUUAGGAUCAUGUGUCUUGAAAUGUAAUUUUGCACUGUAACUUGAUUUCUUUUAAAGAUUACAGCACUACAGAAAAAAUAUUAGCAAAUAGCACAAGAAUGUUAGCAAGAUCUACCAGGUAACCAGUGGAUUCCUUCAAGAUUCCUUCAGUGAUUCCUUCAAGAGAAGAUAAAAUUAUUAAAACUGCCAGAGGCAGUCUUACAGGCCUUACCUUCCAGAUCCAACCUGCCUGGGUACAGUGCUUCUCUUUCAAAGUUUCAACAGAAUUAAACACGAUGUUCUGUAGUGCACAUUUGCAGCAUCAGACCUCUACUUCCACAUGAGCAAUAGAAAAUAAAAUUCUUUUCCUUAUCACCACUUUUUCAAUUUUUCAAAGAUAUUUUUAAAAGCAUAUUAAGACAUCCAUUUUAGAUCAAACAGUUCCCAAGCAGUGAUUUUUGUGAUACCUGGAGCAUUCCAUUUUCCUUCACACAAGAGGCCAGUGAUGGGAUUUGGGCAGGCAGGACAGGGCAGCUGGAUGUGGUGAAACGGGAAGCUGGCGGGGGGCACACAAGCGGGGAGUUUGAAUAUAGAAUGGCAAGAAAAAGAGGCAAGUGAGUGGGUGGACUAAAUAUUUAAGCAAGGGUAUGUGGAGAGAACUGUUUUCUGAAGAUUUCUGGGGCAGAAUGAUGCAUAUUUGUCCCUACCACCUCUCAAGGCAGUUACACACAUGUUCACAGGCCCUGCAUUAAACCUAUCAGUAUUCCAGCAGCACAUUUUUCAUGGUUCAUACGGUAUUUGAGUGCAGACCACAUACUUAAGUGCCACCAUUUGCUGGCGGGCUGGGAGGUAGUGACAGCAACAUGUGAGGAGGAGGCAAAUGGACUCGCAGACAGUGAGACAGUAUGCAUGGAAUAUCCAGUUAGUGCAACCAAAGCAAAAACAUUCAUUUUAUAGAGGGAACAUUGACUUAAAUUGUAAUUUGAUGGGCAGCUAGCAUAUUGUUUCCUAUAAAAUGUACUGUGCACUUUAAAUGAAAAUGUAUUUUAAUAUUUUAAAGAGCUGCAAGAAUAUCUGUUUUGUCAAAAAGGAUGAGCAAUGCAAAGAAAAUAAGUUUUCAACUCAGAGUAUAUCAAGUUUUAAAAGCAUUCAAGGAUCAAGUAUAAAAAUAGGAAUAUUGAUUUCUGCAUCUUGAGGGAUAAAAUGCAGGUUUCCUGAGUAUUUUUUUACAAUGUAUAUAUGGCAACAUGAAGCUUUGUAAUUAUUAUUUUGACAAAUCAUGGGUUUUUUGUUAUUAAAAUUUUGKUUUUUUCCUGA